UUCCAUUCUCCCCCGACUCCUCCACCUCGCCCGCGGGGCUCCGAAUCCCGGAUAAAUAGCAGCCCGCGGACAGAGCCCUCGACCUUUCCAAUUCCAGAGUUUCAAGGCCUCGCUUUACCUUGCUUUUGCUUCUGCGUCUGCUUCGCUGCCUAUGGCGGCGUGGGUGCGGGCCGCGUUGCUGGCCGCCGCCGCCGUGGCCGCGUAUACGGCAGCGGCGGCGGUGCCAGCGGAGGCGCUGAGCCUGGACGUCCACCACCGGUACUCGGCCACCGUGCGGGAGUGGGCGGGGCACCACCGCGCGCCGCCGGCCGGGACGGCGGAGUACUACGCGGCGCUGGCCCGGCACGACCUGCGUCGGCGGUCGCUCGCGGCCGGGCCCGCCGCAGGAGGAGGAGGAGGAGGGGAGGUGGCCUUCGCCGACGGCAACGACACGUACCGGCUCAACGAACUGGGAUUCUUGCAUUACGCGGUGGUGGCGCUGGGGACGCCGAACGUGACGUUCCUGGUGGCGCUCGACACCGGCAGCGACCUCUUCUGGGUGCCCUGCGACUGCAUCAAUUGUGCGCCCCUCGUCUCCCCCAACUACAGGGAUUUAAAGUUCGACACAUACAGCCCUCAGAAGUCGAGUACUAGCAGGAAGGUCCCAUGCAGUAGCAAUUUGUGUGAUCUGCAGAGCGCAUGCCGAUCAGCAAGUAGCAGCUGCCCUUACAGCAUCGAAUACUUGUCUGAUAACACGUCGUCCACCGGUGUGCUAGUUGAGGAUGUCUUGUACCUGAUAACGGAGUAUGGGCAACCAAAAAUUGUUACGGCCCCCAUAACGUUUGGUUGUGGGCGGAUUCAGACGGGUUCAUUUCUAGGCAGUGCUGCACCCAAUGGUCUACUUGGGCUUGGUAUGGACAGUAUAUCAGUCCCUAGUUUACUAGCAAGUGAAGGAGUUGCUGCCAAUUCCUUCUCCAUGUGCUUUGGAGAUGAUGGUCGUGGUAGAAUCAAUUUUGGGGACACUGGAAGCUCAGAUCAGCAGGAAACCCCGUUAAACAUUUAUAAACAAAAUCCAUAUUACAACAUAAGCAUAACUGGUGCCAUGGUGGGAAGUAAAUCCUUUAACACCAAUUUUAAUGCUAUUGUUGACUCUGGCACCUCUUUCACAGCUUUGUCUGAUCCGAUGUACUCUGAAAUCACUAGCAGCUUCAAUUCACAAGUACAAGAUAAGCCAACCCAACUUGACUCUUCUCUGCCCUUUGAAUUUUGCUACUCCAUAAGUCCAAAGGGUUCUGUCAAUCCUCCAAACAUAAGUUUAAUGGCGAAAGGUGGAAGCAUAUUCCCUGUCAAUGAUCCAAUAAUUACCAUUACGGAUGAUGCAUCUAAUCCGAUGGCAUAUUGCUUGGCUGUUAUGAAGAGCGAAGGUGUUAACUUAAUAGGGGAGAAUUUCAUGUCUGGGCUUAAGGUUGUGUUUGAUCGAGAGAGGAAGGUCUUGGGUUGGAAAAAAUUUAAUUGUUACAGCGUGGACAACUCAAGCAACCUUCCAGUGAACCCAAAUCCUUCUGGUGUUCCCCCGAAACCUGCCUUGGGACCGAACAGUUACACUCCUGAAGCUACCAAGGGUACCUCGCCCAAUGGCACCCAAGUCAAUGUAUUGCAGCCUUCUGCAGGUUUUUCGCUGAAGCUGCAUUGCAACAGAAACGUCUUUGUCGCCGCUGCUCUGCUAUUGCUCGUGAUCCUUUGAUCACCUCUACUCCCCAUGACAGUCUUUUCAAAACAAAAUCGCCAGAUAUGAUAGGUUUAGUCAACACUUGAUCACCCUGUAUUGAUUUACGUAUAGUGCUAUAGGAUCACAUUCUUUUGGCUUGUGUCCACAGUUCCAGUAGGAGAUAGGAUAGAACACGGGAUGAGUCCAUAGCCUCAUAGGCCAUUUUUGUUCCAUUUUUACACGUUCAUAAUGUACCUUGUGAUAAUUUACUCCACCCAGAGUUUGUGUGGUGGUGGCCCUGGUGUGUGUACAUAUUAGAGAUGACUUCAGGAUGUAUUGACCUUAUAGACUAAGGGAAUAAUGAUGCUCACUUAUAGAGGUAUACUUCAUAUUGGUUCUCUA